AUGCCUGCCUUGUGGCUGCUGCUCGGCCUCAUCUCAGCGGGGCUGCGGCCAGAUGGAGAAGACGGCCCAGAGAACACAGGACCCAGGGCCAUGAUCAGCGUGAUCACCCGCGACCGCUUCUGGCGGCAUGCCUUGUCCACGCUCUCAUUGCUGGCGUCGGUGGAGCAUGCGCGGCAGGAGCUUCCCAACCUUGUCCUAGAGUGGCAUCUGAUCGAUGAUGCGUCCAGCAAGUCGGAUGGUAAGAAGAAGCAGGCCAUGGUCCAGGACCUGGUCCAAAGAGGGAAGAUUACGAACUUCACAAAGAUGCCACGACAUCUCGGGACCGUUCGGGUCUUGUCGGUGGCUUUUGAGACCUUCCUGGCCCGAAGCGACCUUGACUUCCUUCUGCACUGCGACGAUGACAUCCUGAUGGGUCGGAGAACGGUCGCCCGUGCUCUGGGUGACUACAUGGCUGACCACUGGAAAGGCCAAGCUGAGGGCGGUGGCCUCUUGGCACUCUUUGUGAACUCCUGGCUGGACGACCAGCUUUCUCGCGCUCCAGCCUUCGGGGCCUAUGCCGCGGCGCCGUUUCUGGGCGGGGCUGCCUACGUGGUCGAUCGCCGGACCGUCCUUGCCACGGGGAACCCAUGGGCACAGGCCAUUGCCGCCAACAGCAAGGUGACCCCUCACGAGGCCCACGUGUUCUGGCUCAGGCAUCUGCUGCCCUCCAAGAGUCUACGGAUAUGGGUCCGAUGGCGAAAGCCCUAUGAGUGCCAACACUUGGGGAAUGUGAACACACUCAAUUUCGGGCGGCAGCCCGAGUGGGAGCCCAUGUGGGCCAUUGACCACGAGACAAAGCGCAUCGUAGAAGUUGCCGGCUUCAAUUCUCUGCAUGUUCGCGCUGCGCUGUGGGCUGACCGCAAGCUCCUGCCUGACUACGUUGCCUCAUUGAAUGCAGCUGCCUCUGUGCCUCUUCACCUGCCGGAGCCAGGGCCGUCGAUCCCCAACCCGUGGUCUCCGUGGGCGUAUCGCAAGCGCCACCUCAAUUAUCUGGAAAUCGGCACGGCAGACUUUGAUACGCUCCUGUCUCGGCAUGUUUGGAAACCCGAAGUGCACGGAAUCUCCAUGGAGCCAUUCCGGCCCUACUUCGAUAAGCUGCCAUCCCACGGCGGUGCAAGCAAGCUCUUGCUCAAUGUGGCCUUGAGCGACUAUGACGGCUAUGAGACGCUGUACUUUGUGCAGCCGCAGCUGGUGGGGCCGCACCGGGGCUCCGGGAGCCUCUGCGAGGAGGCCGCGCUGCAGAAGCUGGGCCUCGCCAGCUGCCUCCCCGGAUGGCUCAGGGGCACCUCGUCCCUGAAGAAGCCGCCUCGAGGGGUGCAGGAGCUGCUGGGCGACCGGGCGGCUUCGGUGCUCGGGAAGGUGCAGGUUCCCUGCAUGACCUAUGAGACCCUGCUCACCGUGUAUGGCAUCGGUGCUUUGGAUAUCCUGAAGAUUGAUACUGAGGGCUUCGAUGCCCACAUCCUGAGCCAGGUCAUUGAACUCGGCCGUGCACGGGCCGUUUGGCCAUGGCAGGUGCAGUUUGAGAAGAACAUGCUGUCGGAUUGGAAGAUGCUGGAUGCACAAGUCGUGGAGCUGCACAAAGAGGGAUACCGCUGCCGCAUGACUGACGUGGAAGUGGCAACCUGCUGGCGUGAGUGA